GUUGCUCCUGUCUGGCGGCGGCAGCAUGGCGGCGGGGGCGGCCGAGGCGGCGGCGGCGGCGGUGGUCGAGGUCGGCUCAGCCGGGCAGUUUGAGGAGCUGCUGCGCCUCAAAGCCAAGUCCCUCCUUGUGGUCCAUUUCUGGGCACCAUGGGCUCCCCAGUGCACACAGAUGAACGACGUAAUGGUGGAGUUAGCGAAAGAACACCCUCAAGUUUCAUUUGUGAAGUUGGAAGCUGAAGCUGUUCCUGAAGUAUCUGAAAAAUAUGAAAUUAGUUCUGUUCCUACCUUUCUGUUUUUCAAGAAUUCUCAGAAAAUCGACCGAUUAGAUGGUGCACAUGCCCCAGAGUUGACCAAAAAAGUUCAGCGACAUGCAUCUAGCGCCUCCUUCCCACCCAGCGCUAAUGAGCAUCUUAAAGAAGAUCUCAACCUUCGCCUGAAGAAGUUAACUCACGCUGCCCCCUGCAUGUUGUUCAUGAAAGGAACUCCUCAGGAACCACGAUGUGGUUUCAGCAGGCAGAUGGUGGAGAUUCUUCACAAACAUAAUAUUCAAUUUAGCAGUUUUGACAUCUUCUCAGAUGAAGAAGUUCGACAGGGGCUCAAAACCUAUUCCAAUUGGCCUACCUAUCCUCAACUGUAUGUUUCUGGAGAGCUCAUAGGAGGACUUGAUAUAAUUAAGGAGCUAGAAGCAUCUGAAGAACUAGAUACAAUUUGCCCCAAAGCUCCCAAAUUAGAGGAAAGGCUCAAAGUGCUGACAAAUAAAGCUUCUGUGAUGCUCUUUAUGAAAGGAAACAAACAGGAAGCAAAAUGUGGAUUCAGCAAACAAAUUCUGGAAAUAUUAAAUACUACUGGGUAUGUAAAUCUUGUUUUCAAAUGA